AUGGCCGGUGGAGCGAAGAAGCCAGUCAAUAUCUUCCGCCUCAAGGACCUCGGCGAACCCAAGCAGGUCUUCAAUUGGCGACUAUGGUUUGCCGUCAUCUCAUUUGGCCUGAUGGGCGCUGCCCGAGGUGUCGAUGAGGGUUUAAUCUCGGGUGCUUUCAAUUCUAAGGAUUUCCAAAAGUACAUCAACUAUGAUACAUACAGCGAGGUUGAACAAACCAACAUCAAGGGCAAUGUUACUGCGAUGGUCCAGAUUGGAUCUGUCGGUGGUGCUCUCUUCGCAUUCUUAGUCUGUGAUCGCAUCGGUCGUAUCUGGGCCACCCGCCAGCUAUGUAUCAUCUGGAUGGUCGGCAUUGCUAUCUUCAUGGGUAACUCUGGAAGUCUUGGUGCUGUCUAUGCUGGUCGCUUUAUUGCUGGUCUGGGGGUUGGUCAGACAGUAGUCGUCGCCCCCGUCUAUCUUGCUGAGAUUGCACCCGCUUCCAUUCGUGGUCUUUGCACUUGCGUCUUUACGGGCUUUGUCUACUUGGGCAUUGUGCUGGCAUAUUUUGCGAACUAUGGCUGUGAACUUAACCUGGGUGACACGACACACAACCGCUGGCUGGUUCCCACAUCUCUUCACAUCAUCUUUGCCGGCCUGAUCUUCCUCCUCUCCUUCGUUCAAUACGAGUCCCCUCGAUACCUGGUCAAGCGGGGCCAACUCGACAAGGCCAUUUCCAACCUCGCGCGUAUCCGUGGCCUGCCUGCGGACGAUGACUAUGUUAUGCGGGAAAUUACUGCUAUCCAAACCACACAUGAGGCUGAGAUGGAGGCCACAAUGGGAUCUGGUGCGAUUGGUGUGCUCAAGGAGACCUUCUUGGUUCCCUCCAACCUCUACCGUGUCUACCUUACCUUCAUGGCCCAGCUCCUCUCCCAGUGGUCCGGUGCUGGCAGUAUCACUGUCUAUGCCCCCGAUCUGUUCAAGUUGCUUGGGGUUGCUGGAAAGAAUGAGAGUCUGCUGGUCACUGCCGUCUUUGGUAUCGUCAAAUUGGUUGCUGCCAUUCUCUGUGCUCUGUUCCUGGUCGAUGUCAUUGGACGUAAGCGGGCCUUGCUGUUGGGUAUCACCCUUCAAGGUAUUGCCAUGAUCUAUAUCGCCGGGUUCUUGACUGCCGUUCCUGAAAUGGGUGUUGUUGAUGGCUUCAAGCUCCCAGGCGACAAAAAGGGUGCAAGUGAAGGUGCUAUAGCCAUGAUCUAUGUUUCUGGAUUUGGAUGGGCUCUCGGCUGGAACUCCAUGCAAUAUCUGUUGACGGCUGAGUUAUUCCCUCUCCGCAUCCGUGCGCUUUGCACGUCCAUGGCCAUGACCUUGCACUUUGCCAACCAGUAUGGCAAUGCGCGCGCUGUGCCUAACAUGCUACUACCUGUGGCAAAGGGCGGAAUUGACCCCAAGGGUACCUUCUGGUGCUUUGCUGCUAUUACCAUUUUAGGUGGAAUCUGGGUGUGGUUCAGCAUUCCAGAAACGGCAGGCCGAUCGCUGGAGAGCAUGGAUCGCCUCUUCGCUCUGCCAUGGUACAAGAUCGGCCGAUAUGGUAACAAGGAUGCCGAGGAGCGUGAUCAAGUUGUCAAUGAGAAGAUGGAGGUGAUGACCCAGUCACACGGAACCGCUCAGCACGUCGAGAGACAGGAUGCAGAGCGUUAA